ACGUAUACACCCCGAACAUUCCACAGUGCAUUUUUUGAAUUUGCAUCUGGGGUGAAUAUAAACAGCAGUAACCAGAUGAUAAUAUGGUUUCAUACAAACAUUAUAUACAGUAGAUGGGUGGAUAGAUAAUAAGUCAUAAAAAAAGUAUUUUACAUGGUGCAGUGUUGUGGAUGAAUUAAGGAGUCUCUCAGCCUGGGGGAAGAAUCUGCUCUGCAGUCUGGUGGUGCAACAGCAGAUACUUCUGUAUCUCUUGCCAGUUGGCAGCAGGGUGAACAGGCUGUGACUGGGUGGGGACUGUCUUUUGGUAUCCUUUGGGCUCUGCAGGCACCUCACCUCACCGAUAUCACUGAUGCUUGUUAGAUGGGUACCAAUGAUCUUCUGAGCUGUUUUAAUCACCCGCUGCAGAGCCCUCCUGUCCUGGGCCCGGACACAUCCCAUGCCAGUUAGUGAUGUUUUCAGUUUUCAGGAUGCUUUCUAUUGCUUCUCUGUAAAAGUUAAGAAGAAUUUGGCACGGGAAUUUCACUUAAGUUCUCUUACGAAAUACAGUUGUUUACAUUUAUUCAUUUAGCUGACACUUUUAUCCAAAGCGACUUACAAUUGCUAUACAUGUCAGAGGUCGCACGCCCCUGGAACAACUUGGUGUUAAGUGUCUUGCUCAGGGACACAAUGGUGGAUGUCUCACAGUGAUAAUCGAACCCAGGUCUCCAACACUAAAGGCAAGCAUCUUAUCUAUUAGCCAUCACCACCCCAGUUGUUGUUGUUUGUGAGCUUUCCUCGCCAGCCUGGGGAUGUGUGUUUAAAUGCUUAUAAUGUUCAGUUUUUGUUGACUCUGCCAUAGAGGCAUUAAUUCAGUCAUACAGGUUCAUCUAAAAGAAAUUGAAUAUCGUGGAAAACUUUAUUUUCUUCAGAAAUUUAAUUUAAAAAGUGAAACUUUCAUAUAUUCUAGAUUCAUUACACAAAAAUUAAAAUAUUUCAAGCCUUUUUUGUUAUAAUCUUGAUGAUUACGGCUUACAGCUCAUGGAAAUCAAAAAUCCAGUAUCUCAAAAUGCAUUAGAAUUUUAGAAUAAAUAAUAAAGAACAGACUGUCGACUGAGAAGAGCUCUAAUCAGCUAAUUAACUCAAAACACCUGCAAAGACUUCCUGAGCCUAUAAUCUCUCGGUCUGGUUCUGGUGCUCAUAAUGAACUUUCCCACGAGAUGCAACUGUGUGUUUCAGCGUUGAGAUUUCCGUUCAGUUUGUUGGUAUUGUACUGGACUGCAAGGUCUUUUUAAUGUUCUGCUCCCACCUCCCCUCCUUAACCCCAAUUCAUGUAUAUUAACACAUUUAACUAUGACCUCGGUUGUAAACAGAGCUGUUGUUUUGAAUUGCAUUAGAUUGUAAAGGUGUUUCAAAUAAAGUAGCCAUUGAGUGUAAUACAGUACAUAGAUGUAGUGAAUCAUCUUCUCACGCAUGUCACUGCACCUACGGGUCUCUGGGGGAGCAGAGCACAGAGUUCAGCCAAUUUGGGAGCUAUGUGCCACCACACAGUGUAGCCUCCUCUGCGGUCAGCAAGAAGUACAUGUGACUGGAUGAAGCUGUGUGGCAGGAUUAAACAUGCCAAUAUUGUAUCUCUGGAAGAGAUAUUUGAAAGUAAAUCACACCUCUACCUUGUCAUGCAACUGGUGUCUGGUGGGGAACUCUUUGAUCGUAUCAUAGAGAAGGGCUUCUACACAGAGAAAGAUGCCAGUAAGCUCAUUCAGCAGAUUCUGGAUGCUGUCAAAUACCUCCACGACAUGGGCAUCGUGCACCGUGACCUCAAGCCAGAGAAUCUGCUGUACUACAGCAUGGAUGAAGACUCCAAGAUCAUGAUAAGUGACUUUGGUCUGUCUAAAAUUGAGGGCUCUGAUAGUGUGAUGUCGACAGCAUGUGGAACACCUGGAUAUGUUGCUCCUGAAGUGUUGGCUCAGAAACCCUACAGUAAAGCAGUGGACUGCUGGUCUAUUGGAGUCAUAGCGUAUAUUCUCUUGUGUGGUUACCCUCCGUUCUAUGACGAGAAUGAUGCCAAACUGUUUGAACAGAUCCUGAAGGCAGAAUACGAGUUUGAUUCCCCUUACUGGGACGAUAUAUCUGAUUCAGCUAAAGACUUCAUAGUCCACCUGAUGGAGAAAGACCCUAACAUACGUUACACCUGUGAGCAGGCUCUGCAGCACCCCUGGAUUGCCGGGGAUACAGCCCUAGACAAGAACAUCCAUGAGUCUGUCAGUGCUCAGAUCAAGAAGAAUUUUGCUAAGAGCAAGUGGAAGCAAGCAUUCAACGCCACAGCAGUGGUUCGUCACAUGAGGCGCCUCCAGCUGGGCACCAGUCACGAGGGACCCAACCCCACCCUGCCCAGUCCGUGCCGAACUCAUCUGCUACUACCAGAGGAAGAUGCAGAAGCUUGUUGUGAGGGAGGAUGCUCCCAGAAUGUGGACGGAGGAGCUGACGCCCUGUCCAACUGCACCUACCGCUGCCACCCGACCAGCAGGGUGUGAUCCCGGCACCUGCUCCACUUACCUGUCUAAUCAAUCCCAGUGACUUUCCAAUUUUAACCCCCUCGGUGGAACCAGAGGCACCAUCUCCCCCUUUAUCUGGUUGGGAAUACAGCGUCAUUCCAACCUCUCGCCUGCAGGGGGAGCAAGCCUGUCCAGCCUGAGAAGGAAGACAUAAAAUGGGAUGAAAGCAGGAGGAGGGAGACUUGAUGAUAAUGAUGAUAAUAAUAAUGAUGAUGAUGAUGAUGAUGAUGCACCAGAGAGGAUCACUUUUAAAGACUGGGCUGGUAGUUUGGGUUGAAAUGGGGAGAAGAUACAGAGGAAGGAGAGGAAGAUAACCUCCUCCACCAGCAUGUCAGGGGGAUUGUUUUUGCCGACGCAGGACAGAGCUUGUUGGACACUGUUUUUACUCAUGAUUUUUUAAUCAACUUGUCUCUUUGUUUGUUUUAUCAUUUCAUGUUUUAUCUAUUUUCGUGGUGUCUUUUGAACCUCCUACUGUUUAGACUUUGGAGCGUAAAUCCAGAAACAAUAUGUACAUGAUCAGGAGAGAGUUUCCCCCGACGCAUGUUUUGUUAUCUUAGAAAUAUAAAUCUACUGCAGAAAUGCAGCAUCGCAGUACGAUGCAAAUGAUGGAGUGUUGUGUGCAACGUAUUUUGAUAUGUUGCCGUAUUUGAAAUGAAAUUGAUCUUGUCAUUUUACAGAUCUGCAUUCUAUGUCUUUAAGUCGUGCUUUUAGACAAUCAGUAACAGAAUAGUUUAUGCAAUGAAAACUCUUAUCUAUGUAGCCUUUCUCGUGGCGAUAUAGUGUUUCCAUGCAGUGGUUAGGCUUUUUGAGAGGAAAAGGCUUCUCCCUGCUCUUUUUUUUAACCCCAAACCUCUUUAACCACUCGAGCACAGGGAUAUAUCUUUGUCUAAGGUGCCUUUAGCAUUUACAGUAUGAUGGGUUUAUUUUCGGGUAGCUUCUGAAAUGUUUUGAAUUAUUGCAGCACAGAUUCUUGCUCUAACUUCAUAUUUUGUAUUUAUCACAUUUUCAGCUUUAAAAUGCAGUUCUGUGCUUUUUGUGUCAAAGUUAAAUACUGUAAUCUCGGAAGGGAGGCCUGCACAUAAACUGUACACAGCCACUAUGGUCAAGAGUGUGUUGUUAUCCACUGAAUCUACUCUAUAUGGAUAUACCAUCAAUUACAAUAAACAUUGAAUUUUACACAUUUACCAUUCUGGAAGGCUUCACCAUGAGCCUGGUUUAUAUAAAACAAUGCUUUAUGUAAAUGUUUUUCAAAUAUAUUUUCUAGUAUCUUGCCAGCUCCCUAAAAGCCACACAUUUAAAAACUGCAUUCAUGUUUUUCAAUACAAAUCCUACAGUACUUUUUGUGCAAAAAAAUAUAAUGUAUUGCAAACUUGAAAAAGGAUUGAUCAUUGUGCUUGGCCAUCCUUUAAUACCAGGCUGACUUAGCGGGGUCAAGUAGGUUGUGUGAAUGCAAAAAAAAUAAAUUAAACUGCAACCAACAUUUGAUAUGCAUCUGUCACCAUGUACUGUAAUCAUCAUUACAAUUGUUUUCUUCUUACAUUCUUCUACAGGCACAUUUCCUCCAUGUGCAACCGGUUUAGAAAGACCAUGGAUUAAAGAAUGUGAAUAUGCAUCAGAAUGACUCACUUCAUUUUUGCUCUACAUCAUCAGUGCUUUUUAGGUUUGUGUGUGCGUGAACAGUGCGUACUCCGUAUUCAUUUUUCUUUCAUCUGACUCACAUGCACUGACAAACACAUAGUGGUGUUGGAUCUUUUAUUGGAUUUUUAUAAAGAAUCCUACAUUGUAAAUUAUUCAGAAGAGAAUAGUUUUGAGUAUUGGAUGUAGAGGAGUAUAAUGCAAAUUUGUUCAAAUCCUCUGUACUUUAUUCUUUACUUUAUUACAGUCAGAAAGGAGGGACUGUCCUGAAUGGAUCACAGUGAAAGUGAUGCUGAGAGCUUCCUCUGAUUACUUCAUACCAGUUUCUUUUCAAAUGUUUCAUUCUCUCUGUGAUAUAACAGUAUAGGCAUUUGGUACUGAUUAUGUUUGCAUGAUGUGACCAACAAUGAAUAGUGGUGUACACUACUUGUGAUAUUGUAAUAGUUGCCAUGAGAUGAGGGAGGUGCUGGUAAAAGGAGAGAGUGUGUCAUGCAGAUGAGAAAAGAGCAACAAAAGCUGUGAUGACGUUUCAACGGGUUAAAGCAAGUUCAGUGUGCUGCUUCAAAAAAGUAUUUUUGAGCUUUGUUUUUACAUUUGUAUUGGGUAGGCAUUGCUGUGUAUCUGGACAGUAAUAUAACUGGUGCCUCCAAACAGUAAAGCGUAUUUAAAAGACUAAUUAUUUUGUUCUGGGAUUUUCAGUGUGAAUUGUUUGUACCUUAUGAAUUAAUGUGACAGUGGAAGACCCAAACAAAGCACAUGAAAGCUGACAGAUGGAGGCAGUCUUCAUCCACAUUCUUGUUAUUGAUGGCAGACUGACAAUAUCAUUGUUAAUCUCCCGAUCUCUUCUCAUUUGAUGUACUGCCACAAACGCUGUCAUUAAACUCCUGCAGUCUCAUUUAGCUCCUCUAAUUUUCCUACUGAUGGUGAUUAAUUUUGUAGUAUCUAUAUACACAAUUUGGGUUUGGUUGUUUGUUUUUUUCCAUACAUUAUUUUGUUUUUGUUUUUUUCCAUACUUACUUCUUUUGGUUCAGCACAGCGGUACUCUGUGAAAUGUUUCCUACAAACCCUAAAA